AUGGGUGAAGAAAAAUUUCCUGAAAUCGAGGGUGGCGGUUCAUUGAUACUGGCAUGGCAAAUCAAGAAUAAAAGAGUAUUGGUAGUUGGAGGCGGAGAGGUGGCAGCAGGUCGGAUUUUGAACGUGUUGAAUGCAGAUGCAAAGGUUACCGUCGUAUCACCUCGGGCAGGCCUAAACCCAGAAGUUGCAUAUCGAGUAGAAAAGGGGCAAGUAGAUUUUGUGGAUAGAAAGUUCCAACCUUCCGACCUCGAUAAUGUUGAUAUGGUCUUGACUGCUGUUGAUGACCCGGAAGCAUCUUCACAGAUCUGGAAGUUAUGCAAAGAAAGGAAAAUAGCAGCAAAUAUCGCAGAUGUGCCACCCGAGUGUGACUUCUAUUUCGGAAGCGUUCAUCGAGAUGGACCUCUACAAAUCAUGGUUAGCACGAAUGGGAAAGGUCCACGAUUUGCCAAUAUUGUAAGGAGGCAAAUAGCUUCAAAUUUGCCAAACAAUAUUGGUGAAGGGAUAGAAAAAAUUGGGAAAUUAAGGCAAAUGCUCAGGAAGGUCGCACCAGGACCGGAAGAAGGGCCAAAGAGGAUGUCAUGGAUGAUCAGAGUCAGCGACGCUUACAGUUUAGAGGACCUACAUGAGAUGAACGAAGAAGACAUGGAGCUGUUACUAAGAUUUUACGCUCCCAAUCAAGUCCCACUAUUCAAAUGUUUACAGAAAAUGAAAGAUAAGUCGUGGGACGUAGGUUGUCUACGGCCAUUGAAAGGUGAGGAGGAGGCUUUCGAUGGCUCCUGGGGAUUUUCUGUAGGAUGGGCUUGA